AUGGCCCAUGCAGAUCAUUCCCGCGAUCCCUGUCCCUGGGUGAUUCUCAAUGACCUCGGUGCUGCAUUCGCAAUGGGUGCCGUUGGUGGCGGCAUCUGGUAUAGCAUUAAGGGUGCCCGGAACUCUCCUAGAGGUGAACGGUUUGUUGGCGCCAUAUCAUCCAUGAAGGCCCGAGCGCCAGUUACAGGCGGUAAUUUGGGAGUAUUCGGAGGACUGGUCUCAACAUUCGAUUGUGCUGCGAAGGGCUGGAGACAAAAAGAAGAUGCAUGGAACGCUAUCAUAUCUGGAUUCAUGACCGGUGGAUGUCUAGGCGCUCGAAGUGGACCCAGAUCUGCUUUUGGCUCCGCCAUAGCAUGUGGUGGUGUGGGUGUUCUUGUAUCACGCGUAUUUAGUGAAAGGCCACAGCCACAGAUGGUCCCAUUACCUGUGCCGAUGGCUCCCCAACAGCAAGCUUCUUCAUCCAUCCCUGGCUUGCAAUAG